UCCCCUAUUUCGAACUAAAAUCUAACUUCUCUUCAAUACGUACUGUCCGUAAAUCUUUCUUAUUUCAUUGUUCUUUCUUCGGCCUUUCUUUGUUUUUUAAAGUGGCGGCACCGAUGGCCGGAGAUAUCCCCGGAAAAUUGACCGACUCCGACUCCGCCGGCCAAACUGGCACCAUCGGGUUACUGAAGACACUGAACCGCGACGAGCUUCUUGAAGUUUUAUCUCAGGGUUUUUGUCAACACUGCGAGGCUCUUUUAGAGGAACGAAUUCAUCAGCUCUUGAACAAAAGAGGUAGCGAAUCAACUGUGACCUCAGAUAUUACCCUAAUAUCAAAUCCGGUGACCGGAAAACAACUAGCUCGUACACCGCCGCCGCCGCCACCGGCGGCGAAUUCCGAUAUAUUGCUUAAUGAUGGACUUGGUGGAAGUGGAAGUACAUCCUCAGACAAUGGAUUGUCUGAAGAACAAAAGGAACAUAUUAGAUUCUCCCAAGUUGUAAGAAAAAAGGAUUUCGUUCACAUGGAGAAGAUCAACGGUAAAUCGAUGAAUGUUCUUAAAGGACUGGAGCUUCAUACGAAGGUCUUCAAUGCCGAAGAACAGAAAAAGAUCAUAGAAUGCGUAUAUAAUCUUCAAUGUAUGGGCCAAAAAGGGCAACUUAGAGAACGUACAUAUUCAGAACCGAGGAAAUGGAUGCGUGGUAAAGGUCGUGUUACGAUACAAUUUGGUUGUUGUUAUAACUAUGCAGUGGAUAAAAUCGGGAACCCGCCAGGGAUCCUUAGAGAAGAAGAAGUUGAUCCUUUACCCCCAUUGUUUAAGCAAAUGAUCAAAAGGAUGGUCAGAUGGCAUGUUUUGCCUACGAUGUGUGUUCCGAAUAGUUGUAUCGUGAACAUUUACAAUGAAGGGGAUUGUAUUCCUCCGCAUAUUGAUCACCAUGACUUUCUAAGGCCAUUUUGCACCGUGUCGUUUUUGACUCAAUGCAAUAUUCUCUUCGGUUCGAGUUUGAAGAUUGUGAGUCCGGGAGAGUUUUCAGGACCUGUAUCGAUACCUUUGCCUGUAGGAUCUGUGCUUAUUCUAAACGGCAACGGAGCCGACAUUGCUAAGCAUUGUGUCCCAGCUGUUCCAGGGAAAAGGAUAUCCAUUACAUUCCGGAGAAUGGACGAAAGCAAACUUCCAUACAACUUUUUGCCUGAUCCGGAAUUAUCAAGAAUUAAACCAUUCAUCGUCUCUCCUUCUUCAGCUCCGCAAGGCCAUCAUCAAAAGCCGGUUAUAAAUUCUUCUUUUGUUAAGGCAAUCGUUCAACAAAACCAACAUCGAAAUGAUCAAGCAAUCAAGGAUAAAUCCGAUCAAGAAGCUACUAAAACAACGAAGAAUGAUUCAUUUCUAUGUGGAAACGACGAUUUUCCUCCCCUCGGUAAAGCAAGCAAAGGCGCAUCGAGGCGAUGACAAGCUCUUUCUUUGGGAUAGAUAUUGUAACAAUUGGAUUUUGUAGACUUCUCAUUCAUACGUUCAAGACAUUAUAAGUUACAGUUUCUAGUUUCCUGCAUUUGUUUUAGCCUUAAAGGCUAUUAAAUUUUGGUUACUACAUAUAUAGGGAGGUACAUCAUUGUAAAAGUAAAGCUUAUGUAAGUUUUUUUAGUUGAUUC